UUGAGAAGUCCGCGUUUCAUUCACUUUAAUUUAAUUUCAUCUUGUGGUCACUGCACAUAGAAGUACUCUAUUUUCGAUUAAGUAGCGGUAGUUCGAUACAUUUUUAUUUUCCGGUCUAAAAUGACCGAACAACGCCGAGGGUUAAUGACAUCAGCGGCUUCUCAAGUGGUCCCUUUAAAUGGCUGGCUCACCUGAUAGGCUGCAUGCUUCUCUCUCUCCCGGUAAAACCUCUCCGAGACAUUCCGCACCCUCCUGAAACUCUUCCACUCACUUUGUCUCAAAUUGAAGAGUCUGUCUGAGGAGGGCGAGGGAGAGAGGCAGAAGCGCGUCUCCGUCUCCGUUGCGCGCAGAGAACCGCUCGUGCGCGUUUCGUUUCUACGUGUCUUUUGCUUGUUCCUAAACACUCUUGCUCUCCAGCCGGACCGGAUCGACCGACCCCAGUUACCUUAGGUCGCGGAUGACGGGUGUGCGCGUGGAUAGCCACUUUCCCUGGAUAUAAACGCGCGACGGGAUGGUGGUUAGACGGGCGCCGGUUCAAACCAUGGAAACCUGUAGGAAAGGAGUGAUUAUGUGCGCGCGAGGAUACUGAGACCCGUCAUGCGCUGUUAUUGACCUUCACCGCGCGUUUGUUUGGAGACAUUUGGAUCCGUCGGUGUGUGAUUGGAGAGCUCUUCUCUCUCCGCUGGCGCACAAAUCUAUGGAAAAGCACACGGUGGGACAUGGAUAAACUGAUCGAGCCGUCUGUGGAUGUGGUGCCGACGAUCAGAGCCCCUGUCUGAGGUGUGCUGGGGGGUCUGGUGGUCUUGGGGAGCUCGUGGAAUGCGAACGCAACGACGCGCCGCGUCUUUCUCGCCCUGCUUCUCCGCGGCGCACAGACGCCUAGAUUCAUCAUGCUGAGGCAGAUGCUGUUGAACUCCACGGCAGCGGCGCGGGACUUCGAUCUGAUGAGUAACACGCACACUCCGGCGCCGCUGAACGUGUCCCACGGGCCCGUGAGCGUGUCGGCCCUCCUGAAGCCCACGGGCCGCGGGAGCUCCCUGAGAGAGGGCGAGCCCGACAAGCCGGACCUGGCCACGUACGUGGUGAUGUGCCUGGUGCUCUUCCUGCUGGUCCUCCUCAUCGUCUUCUUCAUCAACUGUCAGCUGAGGAACUCUUUCUUCGCCUCCAUGCCUUACGACCGCUCACUGCGAGAGGCGCGCAGCUCCUACAAAUGACCCGUUUGAGACUGAAGCCCAAAUCAGCCGAACUCGGCCCCCGCGCCAUCGAUCCGUCUGUAUAUAAUGACUGUUUUGUACUUCUGCACGGCCUUUUCUGUCCAUAUACGGUUUAUCACGAGUCGUGUGCGUUACGUAAGAGAUUAUUUUCUUGUACGAUGUCGAACCAUGAUUAAAUCUCACGUUCAUGAC